GCGCUCUUGCACGCAUCAGUCAGACUCGCAUUGAAAGAGAAUAAAUGAAGGAAGCAGCAGACAGAUGUCCACUGAUCACAUCAGCACUUUUGUUCAACAAAGUUCCUCCGUCCAUACGCUGAUGAACACCAACACCGACGACCAUUUACCCCGCUUCAAGAGGUGGAGCAACGAUGACAUUCAGGCGCAGGCAUUGGCUAAAAGUCGUCGCAUGGCUACACGGAGACCGGCCUACAUGUUUAACACCCGACACAAUGGUUUAUCCCCAACCGAGGAGUGUUUUCUAGAUGCAGCCGAGUAUGGAAAUAUUCCUGUCAUCCGCAGGAUGCUAGAAGACCUACCAGAACUCAAUGUCAACUGUGCAACUGUUGCAGUCGCCAAUGAGCACCUGGAAGUGACCGAACUUUUGCUGAAGAAAGAGAACCUGGCCCGGAUAGGUGACGCCCUGCUUUUAGCCAUAAGUAAAGGCUACAUUCGGAUUGUGGAGGCCAUUUUGGGUCACCAAGCAUUUGCAGAUGCAACCAAACUCACCAACAGUCCCCUUCAAUCAGAAACGCAAGACGACUUCUAUGCCUAUGAUGAAGAUGGCACACGAUUUUCCCAUGAUAUUACACACAUAAUACUAGCCUCUCACUGCCACGAAUAUGAGAUUGUGUACAUUCUGCUGAGUAAGGGUGCCUGCAUUGAGCGUCCACAUGACUACUUCUGUAAAUGUAACAGUUGCCUCUAUCAUCAGAGGCACGACUCUUUCAGCCAUUCAUGUUCCAGAAUCAAUGCCUACAAAGGGCUGGCUAGCCCGGCCUACCUGUCUCUAUCCAGCCUGGAUCCAGUGCUGACGGCUCUAGAGCUUAGCAAUGAGCUCGCUGUGCUGGCCAACAUAGAGAAAGAAUUUAAGAAUGAUUACAAGAAACUGUCAAUGCAAUGUAAAGAUUUUGUCGUUGGUCUUCUGGACCUGUGCCGCAACACAGAGGAAGUUGAGGCCAUUUUAAAUGGAGACAGAGAGGCAGAUGGCCACGUUGACACUGGUGGCAGACCCAGUCUAGUCCGAUUAAAACUGGUCAUCAAAUAUGAGCUGAAAAAGUUUGUAGCCCAUCCAAACUGUCAGCAGCAGCUCCUGUCUAUAUGGUAUGAGAAUUUAUCUGGACUCAGGCAGCAGACCACGGCGGUGAAGUUAAUGGUGGUUCUGGGGGUGGUGGUUGGACUUCCCAUCCUGGCUUUGCUGUAUUGGAUCGCACCCUCAAGCAAGUUAGGCAAGGUCAUACGUGGACCUUUCCUGAAGUUUGUGGCACACGCAGCUUCCUUCAGCAUCUUUCUCGGUCUUCUGGUCAUGAACGCUGCUGACCGAUUUGAAGGGACGUCGCUUUUGCCAAACAUGACCAUCCAUGACCACCCUUCACAGCUUUUCCGCAUGAAAACCACUCCCUUUACCUGGAUGGAAAUGCUGAUCAUUUCAUGGGUCUUAGGAAUGAUCUGGGCUGAAUGUAAACAGAUUUGGUCUCUGGGUCCUCGCGAAUAUUUGUUGGAGCCUUGGAAUUUGCUUGACUUUGGAAUGUUGGCCAUUUUUGUGACUUCCUUCAUCGCUCGAUUCAUGGCGUUUUGGCAUGCAAAUGUUGCACAGAGUUAUGUCGACAAGCACUACACAGAUUUAUCAAACAUUACAUUGCCCUUUGAGAUAGAGUACUAUCGACUUGCUCGUGUCCAUUGGGUUCCUUCUGACCCCCAGCUGAUUUCCGAGGGCCUUUAUGCCAUUGCAGUGGUUCUGAGCUUCUCUCGGAUCGCGUACAUCCUUCCAGCCAACGAGAGCUUCGGUCCACUGCAGAUCUCUCUGGGCCGGACUGUAAAAGACAUAUUUAAAUUCAUGGUGAUCUUCAUAAUGGUGUUUGUGGCCUUCAUGAUUGGGAUGUUUAAUCUUUAUUCAUACUACCUCGGAGCCAAGCUCAAUAACGCCUUCACAACUGUUGAAGAGAGCUUCAAAACGUUAUUCUGGGCUAUUUUUGGCCUUUCUGAGGUCAAGUCUGUAGUCAUUAACAACGGGCACAAAUUUAUUGAGAAUAUUGGCUAUGUCCUUUACGGAGUCUACAACGUUACCAUGGUUAUCGUCUUACUCAACAUGCUCAUCGCUAUGAUCAACAGCUCGUUUCAGGAAAUUGAGGACGAUGCAGACGUGGAGUGGAAGUUUGCCAGGGCUAAGCUGUGGUUCUCUUACUUUGAGGAAGGAGGAACCCUGCCUGUGCCAUUCAACCUUAUCCCCAGUCCCAAAUCCAUCAUCAGCCUGGCCCUGAAACUCAAACGACUACUGCUCACGCCCCUACACAGACACAAAGAGGACCUGAAGGAGGACACUGAGCUCAAUGAGUCAGGGAAACAAAACAAGACGAAUGAAAAAGAUUCAACUCAUCCAAGUCGAUACCAGAAGAUCAUGAAACGUCUGAUCAAACGAUAUGUUAUCAAAGCACAAAUUGAUAAAGAGGGAGAUGAAGUGAAUGAAGGGGAGUUAAAGGAGAUAAAGCAGGACAUCUCAAGUUUACGUUAUGAGCUCCUGGAAGAGAAGUCUCGACAAACUGAGGAGCUCGCGGAGCUUGUGAGGAGACUCGGAGAGAGAUUAGCCAGUCAACACAACCUCUAGUCUUUCUCUAUGUGAUGAGGAUAUCAGGAAUAAUAACUACAUGCCCCUUUACACAUUUUGGCCGAUUUUAAAACAUGAAGAGUACUGUGUUAAGUAAAGUGGGAAAUAUUUCAAGUUUAUGCAAUUUGUUAUAUACUUACAAUGCUGUUGUUUGCUGUUGUGUUGCAUUGCACAUUUGAAGUGAAUUAGUGUAUGUUAGUGAAGGUUGCAAUUGGUCACAAUUGAUGGUAUGAUUAAAAUGUUACUGUAUGUGGGAAUCAGGUACCACUACAAAUUCUGCCAAACAUGCUAGAUCGACCUUACUAAUUAUAAACAAAUUAUUUGUUUGUAAGGUUUUACUGUGCAAUUUAUUUGUUUAAAUGUAAUGCUCACUUGAUUUAGAAUGUAAUAAAAUGGAAUUAUAAAAAUUCAAUUCACAUCGUUCGCACAUGCACACCCGUUACUGUCCAAAUAUUUUGGGACUUUUUUUGGUUUCGGUUUGGAAAGAAACUCAAGGGUGCAUUAAAUCUAUGUACA